UAUCACAGUUCGCAAACCCGUUCGCUCUUCUUACUCGAGUGUGAGCUCUUCUCUUCUCCCUCCCUCUCGCAGCACCUCCUGCCUCCGCCGCCGUCCUCGACAAUCCACUCUCCUCCUUCUCGCCGUCGGCGCCGCAGACCAAGCAGUCAUUCGCAUUCCUAUUACGCUUGAGAAAGGUAGCUGACUUGGCCGUCCUAGUGCAGGAGGAAUAAGAUGCCACUUUACGAUUGUAUGCUUCUGUUUAAGCCCCAUAUACAGAAGAAAGACCUCUUGGAUUUGGUUACUAGGGUGGGGAAACAUGUUUGUAGAAGAAAUGGGGUUGUCACCGGUGUUAAGAGUUUCGGAGAAGUUCAAUUAGGCUACGGUAUAAAAAAGUUAGAUGGCAGACAUUAUAAGGGCUAUUUGAUGCAACUGAGCAUGAUGGCUACUCCUGAAAUAAACAAGGAGCUGCACUAUCUAAACAAGGAAGACCGGUUACUCCGCUGGCUUCUGGUUAAACAACGGGACUUUAGAUUUGGAAAUGAGUUCUUUAGUGAGCAAGGUGCACUUGAGCUAAGCAAUUUGUCUCGAAUCAGAAGACCUGAUGAUGAUGAUGACGAGGACGACGACGAUGACGAGGAUGAGUACGAGGUAGAUGAAGAAACAAAGUGAAGUGAAAGAGAAUUGAGUGUUUUUGUUUGCUUCUACUGUGAGACUAUAAAACCAUUGGCCUUGCAUUUUACGUGCCAGACAUCUAGUUAUUGAUAGUGUCAGUUAACAAGCACACGAUCAAUGAGCAUAACGAUGUUUUUAUUUUUAUCUUUAUUUUUGUUUUUUCGGGUAUUAGAUGUUGUCUCUCUUAUUUUUAGUUUGAAGAAUAAUCUCUUUGGAGAGAGGUUGGUAAACUUCUUGAUUUACAUGGUAGUCUAUCCCAGGAACUAAAGCAAUUGAGCUAUACUUGUAUCUUACGUUUAGUAUCUCUGGAAAGAGUAGUUGUAAAUGGGUAAAAAUGAGCAACCUGAAUAUCCGUUGAUAUUUCAAUUUCUCAAUGUAAUAUGUUAUGCAACAAAUGUUAACUUCUCUUGAAUUC